GUUGUAAACGCGUCAACACGCCUAUUUACAAAUUGCCGUGUUGGGGGGCGUCGGCUCCACCAAAAGGUACCUUAUUUCAGAUGGCGAACCUGCCGCGCUCCAGGUGGUGGAUUCUUUUUUCGUGUCCCACCACUGCAUUUCCAGGGCCCUGUCGACGCGUUGACCUGGCGAACAAACCGCGGGACGAACUGGGGAGGGACUUGUUUUUAGAGCCAUUGGCCCCUCUCGAUUCCUCCGGAGCUUGGGACCGUCUUUAGCACUUCUUCUGCAACACAUGCACGCAUCUCACACACUUUCUCGUUUCGGGGUUUAUUAACCAGCCAUUGGUGGUUGUCCGUCUACCAGUCCGUCUGCUUGCAGAUACCCUCACUACCUAUUAGGUGCUCAACUAUCUUCUGGGGAUACAAGAGAGGGACCUCCAAAUCACCAAACAUGAACGCAUCAUCACCCGUCAAACGUCGCGUCCUCGGGGCGCUCGACCCUAACGCGUGCUCGCCGAGCAAGGCGAGGAGGCACGAGGGCAAGCCGUUCUCGUCGUCGGCACAGCAUCAAAAGAGCCCGACCAAGGUGAAGUCGAUCGCGCCGCGGCAGGCCUUCGCCACAUUGACGUCGCCAACUCGAGUUGCUCGCGUGCCGUCGGUGUUGGCCACCCCGGAGAAGGACAUGGACGCUGGAUCCAGGAAACGUCGCUCCCCCACGCCCACCUUUACCCCCGCAGCGCAGGACAGCGAACCGGCUGCGAAGAGGGCUUGUCUUGAUGGCACAAGGGAGGAUACACAGCCCCGUCAGCUAGAGUCCCCGCCUCCUUCGUCAUGGACAACCAGAACUUCCGGCACGACCCGCCACCGAUCCGCCUCCCCGGACACACCCUCAGUGUUUGACAACUCGGCGGUCGACAACUCCCAGGUCACGAUCCUCACCGAACCGGAUACCACAGCGCCUGCACCGGUACCCGCUGUGGCACCGCUGCCAACCAGGCGGACCAGGCCGAGGUUGACGCGUGAACAGGCUAGAGAGAAAGCAGAGAUCAUCCGCCUCCGCCUCGGUCUAGCAAGCUACAAAGUCCGCACCGGCCAGACAGACGUGCCGCUAGACAGGUUAGAAGCCCAGCACGCCCAGGUCUCAUCCUCACCCCCCUCCCUUCCUAGCCAGAGGCAAACCCAAGGCCACAGCCGCGGCCCAACAUCCGUGUCCGCGUCCUUCCCGCCCCCGGGACAUGCCUCAUCUCCACCCACCACUACCCCGGGCGCCGGAAGCAGGCGGCCUUUGCCCGGCGCACCGCUCAGGCGGGCAAGCAGCAGCGCCAGCGUGAGCUUCGAGCAAGAAGCACCGCCGUCAAAGAGCGUGCUGCUCGAAGAGGCCCGGCUGGCCAUUGCCCGGGACGAGCGGAGAAAGCAGCAACCCCAAGAGCAACAGCAGCAACAACAACUACAACAACCCCGCCAUUACCAGCACCACCAACAACACCAUCAACACCCACCCCAACCCCAGCUCCCCCGCCACAACCACAACAGUCACAGUUACAACCACACCCAUAGCCGCACACCCCACCACCACCACCACCAGCGCCGGCAAUCCGAAGCCCUCGGUAUGCGCCACGACGCGAGACGGUACAUGUACGGCGCGGAACCCGGCGUGCCGCCGCGGCCGCGCACGGCGGCCGGUGUGACGGGCUUGUCUUUUUCGUCGUUGUCGUCAUCGGCUUCGAGUUCGUUUGGGAGGAGGGCUAGUUUUGUUGGCGAUGAUGCUGACGAUAGGGAGGAGGAUUUGGAGGGCAGAGGGGGGGCCGCGAGUGGGUUGCUUAGUUUGGCGAGGGGUUAGAGGUCGUGGAUACGGGGUUGGGGG